AUGGCAGACGCCGACAAGGCUCAACAAAAGUCGGUUGACAAGGUUUUUGGAGUUGACUGCAACAUCGUGCACUUAAUGGGAUUAUUUCACGUUGCAAAGCAGGUGUACGAGAAGGCUAGAGGACUCGAUGCAAAUGUAUUUGCUAUGAUUCAUCGUGGUGUGCAUGGUCUCCACUUUACGGUGAAUUCAAGCGACGCCGUGCACGUGAAAUGGAGCGGAAAGGGCUCCUCAGCGAAUGUGCACACAACAGACUCAGCGUAGUCUUUAUGCUAGGCGAAAAAUCCCAAGAAUCCCUCAUUCCAGAUCUCGUUUGGGUCCGAUCCGUACCAGCACGUCGGCCCUGUGACGAUGAUGCGCGUCGGAAGCACGAGGGCCUCCCAGUCUCCGCACUGGAUACAGCCAGAAUGGAAGUCGAGUGGAUACAGCCAGAAUGGAAGUCGAGGGAAUGCCAAAGAUGGGGUGGUCUGUCAACGUCCGCCAUCUAUCAUGCUCGGGCCGGUUUUUCCUGAAGUUUUCGGCCUGCAUCCAUCUUCUGUUUGCUUUGAACCUUCGCGGUCACAUUGAUCUCUUUGGUGAGAGCGGCUCGUUUACCGCGGUGCAAUCAAGAAGUGACGCUGCAAAGACCCAUGGCGCCUCGCAUCAAAGGACAUGCGCUUGAGAAUAACUAGUACGCGCUGCACAGCAUUAAAAGUGAUAACAAACGUUAGUAUAUUCUACACGCUUAGUGCCUUCGAUUU